UGUACAAUGCAUAUGCGUAAAUUUACAAAAAUGUAUAGUAGUAAAGCAGCUACACUAUAUUCAUUUGGUCUUAACAGGCGAAUUUUAAGUAAACACUCCUCUUCUUAUGUCAACAGAGGCGCAUGUUUUCUACGUCACCAGGAAGGACCUUUCCUGUCCCUCGUGUCAUAACAUGGUCGACGUUCAACUGAAAACCACGGCAAUGACAUCUAGCCAGUGCUAGCAGGAUAAAAAGGUGUCUGUGGAGCAAGGACUACUUCUCAGGAGCCAUGCCUCGGUACGAACUGGCCCUUAUCCUUAAGGCGAUGCAGCGGCCGGAGACGGCGGCUGCUCUGCGGCGGACUGUGCAGACUCUGAUGGAGCGGGGCGCCGUGGUCAGAAACUUAGACAACCUGGGAGAGAGACUGCUGCCCUACAAGAUAACCAAACACAAUGAGAGGCACAUCCGAGGGUCUUUCUUCCUUGUCGACUUCUAUGCAGCCCCCAGUAUCCUUAACAGUUUGCUGGAUCACCUGCACCGUGACGUGGAUGUGGUGAGGCCCACUGUGCUGAAGAAAGAAGACCAGGUCUCCCAAAGUAACUGCUGUGGUCCGCAGCAGUGAGUCAAUGUUUCACUGGUCCUGUCCAGUCAGAACAGUGUGAUUCUUCCCUGUGUGACCUCGCUUGUGGCUGCUGGCAUAAAUUAUAAUAAACUUUUUUUUCCUUCUUGUUAAAAACUUUGUUCUUCUCUUGAUAGCUCACAGAAGACAUUUUGUUCCAUGUGAUGUUCAGUCAUGUGAUAGGAAUUUCUGUUCCUUUUCAGCUUCAGAUUUAGUUGAAGGAAUAUAAGUUGUCCAGAAUUGAUUCUGAGAACAAUCAAAUUUCCACUAAGCCUACAAACUACAUGUAUCGUUGAGCAUAUUGCAUGAACUGCCAUCCGAUAUAACCUCAAAACAUUUUAAAAAAGGUUUUAGAUUCUGUAUAUUAGAGGAGAGAUCCUCAGUUGUAUGUGUUGGCUUCAUUUAAGCUAGAUCUUACACAACAUCAAUACCAAGAAGCACUUAGGUAAGUGACCUUUGAAGUUCAAUGCUUUAGCAAAGGAUUCCCAACUUAAAAUGUUAAUUAUAGAAAACAUUUUUAAAUGGACUGUAUAUACAUACAGUUUGAGACAUUUUAAUUUAGAAAUAACUGAGUAAUGGCUUUGGGUGUGAUAAAGCUGCAGAGUUACCAGAUUUGAAGUUUACGAUGAACAUCUAAACACCUCAUUUCUGCUUGAAAUAACUAACAAACACUAACUCGACUCACUUAGAACACAAAGUUAAGCACGUACAUGAACGAUUUUCAAAAACCCACUUUAAGGUCUUCAAUCUUUGACACCAAGAGUCCAGCGGAUCAAAGCUGAUAGCGGGUCACGUGUCUGGCUGAGCAGUCAGCUGACAGUGAGCCAUCAUAAAGACAUCCGCACGCGCUCCGCCUGCAUUGCAGCAGCCACCAUUCAGCAGGCGACAACAACAACCGAAAAACACACGGCCAACAGCGCAGUCAUGCUCCUCCUAACUCUGCUUUUGGUGUCUACAGCUGUGGCGACCCCUCUGCUGGGCACUGAGCAGUGUGCUCGUGGUCCUCCCUACUGGUGUCAGAAUGUAAAGACAGCCUCUCUGUGUGGAGCUGUGCCUCACUGCCAGCAGAAUGUGUGGAACAAGCCCCAGAUGAAAUCGGUGCCAUGUGAUUUGUGUAAAGAGGUGUUGAUGGUGGUGGAGCAGCUGCUGAAGGACAAUGCAACCGAGGCUGAGAUUCUCGGAUACCUGGAGAAGGCCUGCCAGCUCAUCCCUGAUCAAGGUUUGACUGAGCAGUGCAAGGAGAUGGUGGACAGCUACUACCCCAUCCUCAUUGGAAUCAUCACUGGGGAAUUGGAGGAUCCAGGUGUGGCGUGUGGUGCCAUGGGACUCUGUAAAUCUCAGCAGGCAUCUCUGGCCAAGCUUGAGACCCAGGAACAGAUCAUGUCCAAUGAGAUUCCACAGAUGGACCUUGCCCAGCCAGUGGCUCCUUUUCUGCUCAAUGUGCCCCAGCUCCUGUACCCCCAGGAGAGCCUCAAACAGGACCCCCCUAAGCAGGAGAGUGCGCAGCAGGGAAGCGAUGAAGUUUGCCAGGACUGCAUCAAGUUCCUGACUGACGCUCAAGCAGAGGCUAAGGCCAACUCCUCCUUUAUCGACUCUCUCAUUCAGAAUAUUGAGAACCAGUGUGACCUGCUGGGACCAGGCUUGGCAGAUAUGUGCAAGCAGUAUGUUGGCCAGUAUGGGACCCUUGUGGUCAUGCAGCUCAUGUCCAUGCAACCCAAGGAGAUUUGCACCCUGGCUGGUUUCUGCUCUGCCACCAAGAAGUCUGUUCCCAUGCUGAAGCUUCAGGCUGCCAAGGCUAUCCCUGCAGCUAAAGCUGUCCCAGCCGCCAAGCUCUUCCCUGCCACCAAAGUGGAUUCUGCACCAGCUCAGCCCAUGGUGCGUGUCCGGGAUUCCCCAACCUGUGCCAUUUGUGAGUUUGUGAUGAAACAGCUGGAGUCCAUGCUGGAAGACCAAGCAACAGAGGAGGAGGUUAUCAAGGCUGUGGAGAAGGUGUGCACGUUUCUGCCCUCCUCUCUGUCCGGCCAGUGUAAAGACCUGAUUGAGACGUACGGCCAGGCCAUCAUUGAGCUGCUGGUGCAGCAGGCUGACCCCAAGACCGUCUGCACCGUGCUCGCUCUCUGUAAUGAUGCCAGCCGCGCAUACGUCGCUAAACUUGACCAGACCCGUUUUAAGGCUGGUGGCUUCUGUGAUGUGUGUAAACUGGCCGUUAAUUACGUCGAUGGCAUUUUGGAGAAGAAUGCUACAGAGGCUGAGAUUGAAGAGGCUGUGAAGAAGGUGUGCAGCUUCCUGCCCGACUCCUAUAAGACUGAGUGUGACCAGUUGAUCGAACAGUAUGAGCCUAUGCUCGUCCAGCUGCUGCUCCAGAUGCUCGACCCAGACUUCGUGUGCACGAAAUUGGGAGCGUGUCCAGAAGCUGCUCGCAGGCUGCUGGGAACAGAGCAAUGUACAUGGGGACCUGAAUUCUGGUGCAAGAACAUGGAAACGGCUACUCGGUGCAAUGCUGUGGCUCACUGCCAACGCCACGUGUGGGUAUAGAGGAGGAUAUGCACAAACUGACCGGGAAAUAAAAGAAAAUACUGUAGUGCUGCUUCCCACUUAAUUUCUAAAAGGCUUCAACAACUGCAAUGUGUGAUUUUUAAAAUUAACUUUGCUAUUUUAAUUUGUUAUAGUGGAAAGGGACUGGACGUUGUUUGUUUUUAUUUUUGUUUAUAGGAGGGGGGGGGGGGCAUUUGAGUUUAUUGGGUACAGAGGGAAUGGUUCCAUAUGUUGGCCUGAAACUUGACCUGUUGCUGCUCCAGAAAGCAGCCGUCAGAACUUCACUGUUGGGAUUUUCUUCUUUUUCUGCUUGCUGUUUAUGUUGUAACAGUUUGAUUUUUUCUCCUUACAUUUGGGCUGUCUAAACAGCUUAUACCCCAUCAGCUAUUUUACUUUCCCCUGUAUCUGAAAAAACGCUCGGUGUAGUUAUAACUGGCAUUACUUCCAGCAGUACAUUUGACCUGUGAACGGAUGCUGAUUUUUGUAGACUAUUUUUUAAUCAGCUGAUUUGGAGGUUACCUCCCCUUGUUUGCACUCCUCGUACUGUUUGUAAAUCACUGUUUCUACAGCACAGGAAGAAUCUAAAAUGUGUUUGCAUUGAAACUUCUGGCCAAUUGUCAGUUUAUCUGUAAACUUUAACAAUUAAAGUGAUCCCACACCACUGCUGUGAA